AUGAGCAGCGAAAUCUUCGAAGAGUGGGUAGGUAAAGUCGACCGAAAAUUCCGGGUAGAUGGUCGAAAAAUUGCUCUCAUUAUCGACAUCUGCCCUGCUCAUCCAACUUUGUUCAAUUUGACCAACGUGCAGCUUGUCUUUCUGCCACCAAAUACGACGUCUAUCCUGCAACCAAUGGACCAAGGUGUCAUUCGUAGCCUCAAAGCGAAGGCUGGUAUCACCCCUGAUGGUCAACAGGCUGCCAUUGAUGAUUCUGAUGACCCGUUUAAAGAUCUUCAAGAAAGCUUGAAUAACUUGAGGAAAGUAGAUUCAUCAAUGGUGCCAAAUGAUGUCACCGUCACUGCUUUAGUGAGCUUGGACGACGACGUCAUUGCAACAGCCCCUGAGAUGAAUGAAGAUGAUAUCGUGAGCAGGCUGAAGAACCAAGAAAAGGAAGAGGAAGAGAGUGGUGAUGAAGAGAUCCUGUGGCGGAAAAGCCUUCGAGAUCUGCGAUUGAAUCAGCUUUAG